AUGUCAAAGUAUCAUGCUAUUAACUAUGCCUCUCUACCUGCUAUUACCUCGCCCCGCAGUCCACCCAAAUAUCAACUAUCCAAUCCUGGCUACUCCACUCAAAUGGCCCCUCCUUAUGGCCAACCAAACCCUCCCCCAUCCAACCAUCUCGCACUCAAUGAUGAAGUGAGAAAUGGCAGUUAUUGUAGUAACAAACCUCGGGAUAAUAUUUUCUACAUUGUAUUUAACCUCUGCGGGGAAUCCCGAUGCCUCGAACUUGAAGCUUCCGAGCACCGUCCGCGCCGUAAGUACACCCUUGAGAAAUCGCUCUGCAAUAACUACGACGAGUGUGCACGUUGUCGCACGGUUAAAUUCCAGUCCGAAAAACUCAAGCGUGCCAUAGACAGGGAACGAUUUCAUGAGAUCCUCAAUACUCAGCUAUCAAAACUGUGGAUAGGAAAGGGCAUGCUGUUCGAAGAUGGAUUUUCCGACAGCGACAAUAAUCCUCCCCUUUUUGACACCCGGCGGAUUAUGCGUGUCAUUUUAGGAGUACGAUCGAUUGUACUCGAGAAUGAAACAGAAUAG